GCACCGUAGAGCAGAGGCCAAUGUUUACACGAGAUGGACGCACGUGAGGAACCAUGUAGCCGACUGGACAUGCGGCGGUUGUAUGUUGGUGGAUUGAGUCACUCUGUCAAUGAGAGGGAACUAAAAGAACGUUUUGGGAAGUUUGGAGAAGUACAUGAUGUGGAGCUGCGAACGAGAAAGGAUGAUGAUGGUGUACCCUACAAGACUUUUGGUUAUAUCAACAUCAACAUUUCUGAUGGAGACCUGAAGAGAUGCAUGACUGUGUUGAACAAGUCAAAAUGGAAAGGAGGAACACUGCAGAUUGAAGCUGCCAAAGAGAGUUUCCUCCACAAAUUGGCUCAGGAGAGACAGAACGAGAGGGAGACAUCCUUCCACAAGCCUGAAGUGGAGGACAAGAGACAGGAAAUGCUGGACGCUCUGAAGAAUGCUGGUGUUGAAAACUUCACCAUGAAAGCUGCAGUGCCAGGAACUGAAGUGCCAGGUCACAAGGACUGGAUCGUUAGUAAAUAUGGGCGCGUUCUCCCCAUUCUCCAGCUAAAGAGUAAGAAAGGAAACAGAGUGCGCACGUUAAAGUACGACCCAUCAAAGUACUGCCACAAUAUUCGCAAGCUGGACACCGCAAGUGUAGAUUCGCCCACUCCUGUCAGUGAUCUGACCUGGGAGGUGCAGGGAGGAGAUGAUGACAUCAGCAAGAAGAGACGUGGAGAGUUUCCCCCAUAUGUUCCGCCUAAACCCAAGAAGAAGGCCAAAGUUAUUCCUGUGAUCACUGAGAAACAUUCAUCCACAAAUGGAUUCAAACCUGAAACCUACCACAUGCCACCACAGCAAAGAAUAGAGGAUUGGCUCGACAGUGAUUCAGAGCAAGAUAUCCGCAGAAUCAUUGAAUCUCAGGCGACAACUAAUGGAGGAAUAAUGACGGACCGAGAAGAUCAGCUGGAGGUGGUCGGAUUAGACUAUUUUGCUAACUCUAAAGGGAAGCAUUUCCUGCACGGAGCCAUGCCAGUUGAAGAGGCUGACUACGAUUCAGCGGACACGGAUGAACUUAUAGCUUCCAAGAAACCUCCUCCACCAAAACAGAAACCUGUUCAGCCUACUGCUGAAGAGCAAGGAAGUAAAGCAGUUCAGAAGAGAAAAGCACAAAAGAGAAGUCCAUCUGAGGAGGAAGAAGAGCUGAAGGAAGAGCCGACAAUUGUUAAUAAAAGUAGGAGAAAGGCCUCCACUGAUCAGAUGAGUGGAGGUUUCAGCAAACAGAGUUUGGAAAACCAGGUUGUCAGCAGGGAGAACAGAUGCUCAACUACUCCUUUGGUGGCAAACUUCUCUGCUGAAUCUGAGUCUGAUGUGGAUGAAGAGGAGUCCGAUUCUUCAGUUUCAGACUCCGACUAUGAAGCCAUGUUCUCGAAUGUCACCCAUCUUGAAAUCUCUAUGGCAGAUCUCCAGAGACUUGCUGAGGAGAGCCAGCAAGCAGUGGAGACUUCGGUUCCAAGCAGUCUGGACACUUCUUCCCGCACACCGACAACAGAACCAAGGAAGCCCAAGAAAGGAACAACCCCAGAGGACAUCUUGGCCUCUCUCCUAGCAGACUGCAGUGAUGAUGAGAAAGUGAAAACGAAGAAGAAGAAGAAGAAGAAAGGCCUCACUCCAAAACCUCCACCUGCUUUCCUGGGAACUAAAAUGAUAGAUGAAGCUUCGGGUGAUGAGAAAAUUCAAGGAGAGGAUGAAGCUGUCAGCAAACAGCAAAAGCAACACUGUGAAGCAAAGCAGGAACCCAACAAGACUUUCAAGUCAUCAAAAGAUAAGUUGGAGAUGGCAGAAUCAGCAGAAGGAAAGAAUUCAGAAACGGAGGAUGAUUCAGAAGAGGAAGAGAAGAAAUUAGUGGAGGAUAAACGUGUAAGCACAAUGCUUAAGAUUAGCAUUACUUCAAAAUCGGUCCAAAACAAAACCCGGGCGAGCAGUGAUGAUGAAGAGAGGCAGGGUGAAGGGGUGAAACGGAUAGACAAGCAGGCUGACAAAUCUAAAGUCAUAGCACCCUCAUCUGGUCAGGUGUCGUCUUUAGGUACAAUUACCUCAAACAAGUCAGAGGAUUCUUCCAACCACAGCGAGUCUUCGUCCAGCACACAUGACGACGCCAAGGAGGAGGAGAAGAUCAAACAGCUUCAUAUUAAACACCGAACCCAGCUAGCAGCUGGAGAAGAGAAGGAGCUGCAGAGGAAGGCCAACUUGAGAAGGCUAGCUGCAGUCCAACAGAGGCAGAAAGAAGCUGAAGAACAUAAGAAGCUGAUCCAGGGAGCGCUGGCCAACAUGGAUACUCCACCAACACGAGCCGGGAAGCAUAUCGUCUUUGAUUCUGAUGACGAUGAAGAAGACAAGGUGACAAUAUCAAAGAAGACUUUGCUCCAGGAAAGGCGAUCAGAAGAUGAAGACGAUGUCACAGAAGCCAAAACGAGCAAAUCUGCGGAAGGAAAUAAACAGAAACACUCGGGUCCUCGACUGUUCGGCAGCAGUGACGAUGAGGAAGAUGAUGAUGAUGAUGACAAAGAGGACAAGAGGUUUGAUAUCAGGCCUCAGUUUGAAGGACCAGCAGGACAGAAGCUGAUGGAGCUGCAGUCUCGCUUUGGUAUGGAUGAGCGUUUCCGGAUGGACGAGCGCUUCCUGGAAGAGGAGCACGACAAAAAAGAUGAGCCCAACAAAGAGGCAAAUGUAAAUGGGGAUGCUGAGAUACUGGAGGAUGAGAAAAAGAAGAACUUGUCCAUUCUGCAGAGCGUCCUUGGCAGAAGCAUCGACCCGACCUGCAGUAGUAAACCAGCUUCAAAAGCUAAAACCUUCAGAGAUGUUGCUGCGCUGCACUAUGACCCGAGCAGAGAGGAGCACGCUGCUUUUGAAGCCAAACAGGAAGAGAGGAAGGAGAGCAAAGCAGAGAGGAUGAAAAAGCGUGAGGAAGCCCAGAAGCUUCCAGAUGUCUCAAAGGACAUUUACUUUGAUGUGUCUGGUGACCUCAAGUCUGUGUUCGGGUUUGGAAAAAAUGAAGAGGUCAUAGCCAACGAGAAGACAAACUGGGACCAGCAGGAGGACGCAUCAGGCAAAGAGGAUGAAGCUGUUGCUGAUGAGAGUGCAGAGAUGAAAGAGUCUGGAUUCAAGUUCUCCUUCUUUGAUGAUGAGGAGACAAAAUCUGCCGAGCCUGUUGAAUACAAAGUGGAGAACAUCUCAGUGGCGAAAGUGUCUUUGCUACAAGAUCCACAACUACAAGACAGCAGCUCAGAUGAGGAGGAGGAGGAGGAGGAUGACCAGGAGGAAGUCAUUUCAGCAACUGCCACAGAAGCUGAAGCACCUGUGACAAAAGCUCGGUUCUUUUUCUACCCUGAUGACGCCAGAUUGACAGAGGGUCCGCGGUGGUUCUGUCGGCCACCACAGCUGGAGGAGAAGAGAAAGGAGUGGGAGGAGAAGAGGAGCACGCUCAGACAAGAGUAUCGCAAGAAACACAAAGAUGCCAAGAGACAGUUGAAAAACACCAAAAGAUGCUGAGGAUUCUGGGAAAUUGACCUUCUUGUUUUAUUAUAUAGAUUGAAUCACAAGUGUAAAUGUAUGUGGAGCUUUCUGUUUAGUAGUCACAUCAACGCCAACCGAUCACAGCUGGAGACGACCGCGAGGAACACCCAAGACGGCAAAAUACACGAGUGAAGAGAGGGAAUUGUAUUUAUAGCAUUGUUAAUAAUAGUCGUAUUGAUUAAUUGUGACGCUUUUGUGACUCUUUCCAUUCAUAAACAAUGUGUUUCUUUCUUUAUUCAGUUCUGUCCCCUUUUUUUGAAGGUUUUCCUAAACCGGUUUUCACAAUAUG